AUGUUCUUACAAUCUGGACACAAACCGGACAUCGUUUGGACCCCGGCUGACCAGGGUCUCGUUGACAGUUCCUUCUUUUAUGGAUAUUUGAUUACGCAGAUCCCAGGCGGUGUUAUUGCUUCCAAGUUUCCGGCCAACAAACUAUUCGGAAUCGCUGUCGGCGGAACUGCCUUUAUCAAUCUCUUCCAGCCGCUUGCUUGCAGGAGCCAUUUUAUUGUAGUCAUGCUGUUGCGAUUCUGUCAGGGCCUGAUCGAAAACAUCUGCAACAAAAUGGGUCUUAUUGGGCGACUGACAACAAAGUCAGCUGCAAGAGAUUGGGAAAUUUCGGUCUCGAUGUUUCUUGUAUGCAGCUUCCGCAAUGGUGUUUGUGUUAGUUCGUGGAAGAUAACUGCUUUUGCAUAUGACGUGUUGGAAGUUUGGUAA